AUGGGCAAAGAUUAUCGCUAUCCACAGGGUGGAUAUGCUCGUGGUGGAUACGGUGGAUAUGUUCCAGCACCAGCUGCACCAACUAUGGAAAUUACGAUAAAUCAGGUGAAAUACUGUUUUUUUGCACGAAAAUCUCAAAUUUCCAUCCGAAAAUCAACUUUUCUAACAAGUUAGCCUAACUAAAACCCUUCUAGACUUUAAAGGGACAUAAGACCCGGAUUUUUCGUACCAAGACCCAAAAUUCCGGAUUUUUUGAGUAUAAACAAUCCUAUGUCCCUCUAAAUUCCGACUAGACUCUAGUUUAAAGGAACAUAGUCUUAUUUAUAUUCAAAAUGACUGGUAUUUCGUACCGAGACCAAAAAUUCCGGAUUUUUUGAGUAUAAACAAUCAUGUGUCCCUUUAAAUUCAGACUAGACUCAAGUUUAAAUGAACAUAGUCAUAUUUAUACUCAAAAUGACCGGAAUUUCGUACCGAGACCCAAAAUUCCGGAUUUUUUGAGUGUAAAUACCCCUAUGUUCCUUUAAAUUCAGACCAGACUCUAGUUUAAAGGAACAUAGUCAUAUUUAUAGUCAAAAUUACCGGAAUUUCGUAUUUUUCGCGUAUAAACAAUCCUAUGUCCCUUUAAAUUCAGACUAGACUCUAGUUUAAAGGAACAUAGUCAUAUUUAGUAUCAAAACGUGGCGAAUUCAAUUUCCAGAACUCUUCCGCCUCUUCCGCAUCACCCUACGCUCAACCCUCCUCACUUCCGCGUCGAAUUCCCACCAAACCACCAAGCGCUCCACCCCCGCCACCUCCAGAAUACUGUGCAGGUAACCCAGAACGUCCCGAUUUUUCAGCAAAAUCGCACACAAACUUCAGGCGCCGAUCAACCGGGCUUCAAUCCGAUGUGGUUCGAUCGAUUUCCGCGUCGCGAGAAUCGCGGAAUGUUCCGCCUGUGUUUGGUGGAACUGAUGUUGGCUGUGGUGAUUUUGGCGGGUGGAAUUUGGUGCUAUCGAGACACCAGCGAUUAUUGUCCGUAUUAUUCAGCGAUUUGGACAUCAGUCAUUUAUGUGAUUAAUGCUAUUGUGAGUUUUUCUUAGGGUCUUGGAGCGAAAAUGGGUUGUUUUGAUACUAAACACGACUAUGUUCCUUUAAAAUUCACUUUUGGGAUGAAAUUCCGGUUAUUUUGAGUAUAAAUAUGACCAUGUUCCUUUAAACUAGACUGUUGUCGUGAAAACCUUGAACUUAAAGGGACAUAUGAUUGUUUAUACUCAAAAAAUCCGGAAUUUUGGGUCUCGCCGCGAAAUUCCGGUGAAUUUAAGUAUAAAUAUGGCUAUGUUCCUUUAAAGUAGACUUUUGCCACGAAAAUCUUGAAUUUAAAGGAACAUAGGGGUAUUUACACUCAAAAAAUCCGGAAUUUUGGGUCUCACCGCGAAAUUCCGGUGGAUUUGAGUAUAGACAUGACUAUGUUCCUUUAAAAUUGGGUCUCACCACGAAAUCCAAAUUUUCUAGAUAGAAAAUAAUGAAAAAUGACGUUUUUUUGAAAUUUUUGCAGGUCGGAAGUGCUGCCGCAAAAAUCGGCUCAAUAAAUCUCUACAUGGCUCAUUUGACACUUUCGCUGGUCUCAGUUAUGAUGUGCCUGAUUAGUGGUGGACUUUCAGCCAGGUAGGGCUGAAAAUCCUGGAAUUUUCAGCAAAAAAUCAAUAAUUUUGCAGAAAUUGGGCGCUAGUUGGAACUUAUCAUCAUCCAAGAAUCGAUCGCGAUGAGGCUUUUUGUCUUUUGGGAACUCAUGAUACUAGCAGGUAGGUCAAAAAUGCGAAAAACAAAAAACUUGCAUCGACCGGGAAUCGAACCCGGGCCGCCCGCGUGGCAGGCGAGCAUUCUACCACUGAACCACCGAUGCUUGUAGAAAAACCAGUUCAAAUUCCCGAGAUAACAAUAAACACAUUUCGCUUUUUUGAUAAAGCGCUAGCAAUUUUGUUAUCUCCGAAAUUCGCGCUGGUUUCCCCACAAGCAUCGGUGGUUCAGUGGUAGAAUGCUCGCCUGCCACGCGGGCGGCCCGGGUUCGAUUCCCGGUCGAUGCAAGUUUUUUUGUUUUUUUUUCUCAUUUUUAGCCAAAAAAUUUGCAGACUUUCCUACAUUUUCUCACAUAUGGAUAAAUACGAUUUCGCCAAAUGUUUAUGGCAACUCAAAGUUGGAGUUGCGGUAAAUUCGGUGCAAUUUGUGGUUGCAGCAAUUGAGAGUGGGUUUUUGGGAUUCGAGUGUAAACCGCAAGCUUCCGCGCCAGCGGCACUGUCUUCCGCUUUAGCGGCCACGCGGAUUACUAUGACGUUUGCCAUAUCAUAGUAAUCCGCGUGGCCGCUGAAGCGGAAGAUAGUGCCGCUGACGCGGAAGCUAGCGAAUUACAGAUUUUCAUGGAUAUACGUGAAAAUUAUCGAUUUUUCAUGAAUUUUAGGUCAAAAUUGAGCAUUUUUGCGCAAUUUCAGCUCAAAAUUGAGCAUUUACAUGAAUUUCAGCUCAAAAUUGAGCGUUUUUAUGAAUUUCAGCUCAAAAUUGAGCAUUUUUGCGCAAUUUCAGCUCAAAAUUGAGCAUUUACAUGAAUUUCAGCUCAAAAUUGAGCGUUUUUAUGAAUUUCAGCUCAAAAUUGAGCAUUUUUGCGCAAUUUCAGCUCAAAAAUGAGCAUUUUCAUGAAUUUGAGCUCAAAAUUGAGCAUUUUCAUGAAUUUCAGCUCAAAAUUGAGCAUUUUCAUGAAUUUCAGCUCAAAAUUGAGCAUUUUCAUGAAUUUCAGCUCAAAAUUGAGCAUUUUCAUGAAUUUCAGCUCAAAAUUGAGCAUUUACAUGAAUUUCAGCUCAAAAUUGAGCGUUUUUAUGAAUUUCAGCUCAAAAUUGAGCAUUUUUGCGCAAUUUCAGCUCAAAAUUGAGCAUUUACAUGAAUUUCAGCUCAAAAUUGAGCGUUUUUAUGAAUUUCAGCUCAAAAUUGAGCAUUUUUGCGCAAUUUCAGCUCAAAAAUGAGCAUUUUCAUGAAUUUGAGCUCAAAAUUGAGCAUUUUCAUGAAUUUCAGCUCAAAAUUGAGCAUUUUCAUGAAUUUCAGCUCAAAAUUGAGCAUUUUCAUGAAUUUCAGCUCAAAAUUGAGCAUUUUCAUGAAUUUCAGCUCAAAAUUGAGCAUUUACAUGAAUUUCAGCUCAAAAUUGAGCGUUUUUAUGAAUUUCAGCUCAAAAUUGAGCAUUUUUGCGCAAUUUCAGCUCAAAAUUGAGCGUUUUUAUGAAUUUCAGCUCAAAAUUGAGCAUUUUUGCGCAAUUUCAGCUCAAAAAUGAGCAUUUUCAUGAAUUUCAGCUCAAAAAUGAGCAUUUUCAUGAAUUUGAGCUCAAAAUUGAGCAUUUUCAUGAAUUUCAGCUCAAAAUUGAGCAUUUUCAUGAAUUUCAGCUCAAAAAUUGAGCAUUUUCAUGAAUUUCAGCUCAAAAUUGAGCAUUUUCAUGAAUUUCAGCUCAAAAUUGAGCAUUUUCAUGAAUUUUAGCCUAAAAUCAUCGAUUUUCGAUGAAUUUUAGGUUAAAAAUGUCAAUGUUUGAUCAAUUUGAUGAAUUUUAGGUCAAAAACACCAAAUUUCAUGAAUUUUAGACCAAAAUUAUCGAUUUUCGAUGAAUUUUAGGUCAAAAACACCAAAAUUCAUGAAUUUUUGCCUAAAAUUAUCGAUUUUCGAUGAAUUUUGGGUCAAAAAACCCCAAAUUUCAUAAAUUUCAGCUCAAAAUCAUCAAUUUUUCCCAAUUUUCCCUCGAAAAAUCCAAUUUUUGCAGUUCUUCUCAACCUUUUGUCGGCUGUUUUGUGUAUGAAAAGAACGUGCACCUCGUGCCUCUAA